CGCUCACUGUUGACAAGUCCCAAACAGGACGAAAAAGCUCAUAUUCGAUUCCCCGUGCUCAAAUUUUUGAUGAAGUUCAAAAAGUUGAUCAUCAACUUUUCCUUUCAUAUCGAACCAGGUCAUUCCGGAGUGAACCAGUUGGGCGGAAUGUUUGUCAAUGGGCGUCCCCUGCCUGACAGUACUCGUCAACGAAUUAUCGAGCUGGCACAUUCCGGGGCACGACCGUGUGAUAUCUCACGCAUACUUCAAGUGUCUAAUGGCUGUGUGUCGAAAAUUCUCUGUCGCUACUACGAGACCGGUUCAAUCCGACCUAAAGCGAUCGGUGGAAGCAAACCCCGAGUGGCCACAAGCAGUGUGGUGGCGAAAAUUGACAUAUACAAACGUGAAUGUCCGUCAAUCUUUGCCUGGGAGAUACGGGAUCGCUUACUUCAGGAAGGUAUAUGCACACCAGACAAUAUUCCCAGUGUAAGUGGUUUGUCAACAGGGGGAGGGAUAGACUCGUUUUAUUUGGUGUGA